AAGCCAUCAAUCACCCUCCUUUCGACAAAGGUUAGUAGUAGUGCUCGAUGAUGUGGGACCAGUGCGUGGAGACGCCGUUGGUUAUGCGGUCAGAAGCUGCGUACGGCAUUGCUGGAUGGGAUGGGAAAGGAGGGAGCCGGAGGCGGCGCGCUCAUUUGGGACGAACCUUGGCCUGGGUCAGAGAGCAUAUGCAGGCGAGCAGGAUACAUCAGGACGAUGCAUGGAGGGGUAAUGGCGUUUGCCGGGAACGAAUGGAAAGGCCGCCCGAUCUAUUAUCUGGGAGCUAUGGGCGGCUGGCCUCUAGGGGGAAAGUACCUCGAAGGAUUUAUGUCCUGGUAGGCGCCAAAGGCAACUCGCAGAAGGUCCUGGUGCCGAUGAGGAGUCUUAGGCAGCUUUGAUGUCGUCGAGAAGCACUUUUCGCAGAAGAUUGGACCAGAAAGUACACGAAAUGCUGACUCUUCGAUUCCUCAGACCAUCACAAUGCCCGCCAAGGAGGCUUUCAAGCGUUUCGUCGAGGUCGGCCGCGUCGUCAUCGUCAACGAGGGCGAGUCGGCUGGCAAGCUGGCCGUCAUCGUCGAGAUCAUCGACCACAACAAGGCUAUCAUUGACGGCCCCUCGACUGGCGUCCCCCGUCAGGCUUUCCGCUACCGGUACAUGUCCCUGACCCCUCUGGUCGUCAGCAAGCUGCCCCGCGCUGCCGGCACCUCGACGGUCAAGAAGUACUUUGAGCAGGAGGGCAUCACCGAGAAGUGGGCGUCGACCACCUGGGCCAAGAAGAGGCAGGCUCACAAGCUCAAGCGAGAGAUGUCCGACUUUGACCGGUUCAACGUCAUGCUCCUCAAGAAGGAGCGCAGGCGAAUCAUUGGAACGGCCGCCAAGAAGGUUUCGGCGUAAGCAGUAGGACCCGCGCUCUCCUCACCCACCCUUGUACUUUCUAUCCAUCUACCAGCCCUGGCAUCGACGGAGGCACACGUCGAAGCAUCAGCAGCAACAUCAUCUAAAACUCCAGGGGAAGCUUACGUCUUUGCUCUCCUCGACCAUCACUCGUGUGGCCAUGAUCCUCCUUUCUCUUUCAAUCAUAAGACAAACAUCA